CCAAAGAGAGAAGCAACUUACAGCAAAAAGGAUGAAUUUGAUAAUGAAUAGCUUAAGUAUUUUUUUAUUGCUAUCAUUUGCCUUUACUAUUAAAGCAGAUUUACCUGGAGUCUUUAAUGUGAAAAAAUAUGGCGCCAAAUCUGAUGGGAGUUCAGAUAUUAGCCAGGCCUUGUUGAGUGCUUGGAAAGAGGCUUGUGCAGCAACAGGUUCUACCAUAGUUUUCAUUCAAAAGGGUGAUUAUGCUUUGCGCCAGGUAGAUUUAGUAGGUCCUUGUAAGGGUGAUAUUACAUUUAAAUUGGAAGGAACCCUUAAGGCCCCAACAAAUCCUGGUGACCUCGGUGGGGACUGUUGGGUUAGAUUUAGAGAUGUUGAUGGAUUAAAAGUGUCUGGUGGUGGAACUUUUGAUGGACAAGGAGAAGUUGCAUGGAAGCAAAAUAAUUGUGCAAAGACCGCAAAUUGCAAGGCCCUUCCAAUGAAUAUCCGAUUUGAUUUUGUUACCAAUGCCAUGAUUCAAGAUAUAACAUCGCUGGAUAGCAAGAAUUUCCAUAUUAAUGUCAUGGGCUGCAAAAACAUUACCUUCAAACAUGUUACAAUUACAGCACCUGAAGAUAGUGCUAAUACAGAUGGAAUUCACAUGGGACGCUGUAAUGGAGUAAAUAUUAUUGAUACGAAUAUUGGCACAGGCGAUGAUUGCAUCUCCAUUGGGGAUGGCAGCCAACAAGUGACGAUAUCAGGAGUUACGUGUGGACCUGGUCAUGGCAUCAGCGUCGGAAGUUUAGGAAAAUACAAAAAUGAAGAACCCGUAGUUGGAAUUUUUGUUAAAAGUUGCCAAAUCACAAGUACUUCAAAUGGUGUGAGAAUCAAAUCUUGGCCAGGAAUGUACGCUGGUACUGCAAGUGAUAUUCAUUUUGAGGAUAUCACUAUGAAAAAUGUUAGUAACCCUGUACUGAUAGAUCAAACUUAUUGCCCAUGGGGUCAAUGCAAUGAAAAGGCUACAUCAAAUGUUAAGCUCAGCGAAAUUAGCUUCAAGAGAAUAAAGGGAACCUCUGCAACUGCUCUAGCUGUUAAACUUGCUUGUAGCAGAACCCUUCCAUGCGAAAAGGUGGAGCUUGGUGAUAUUGACCUCACUUACAGCGGCAACGAAGGUCCUGCAAAAUCAGAAUGCACUAACGUUAAGCCCAUAGUUUCCGGGAAGCUAAACCCACCUGGAUGUUAAGGUCGAAGGGUUAUAGCUAUAGCAUAGCCUUACUAUUUUUUACAAAUAAAUGGUUAAGUGGAUGUGGAGAAGGUGCAUCUUUCAUGUUGUAAGCAAAAUUAAUUUCAAUUUAAUAUAUUA